UCAAACAGGUUAUUGCUUCAGAAAUGGAAUAGAAACCAAAAGGAGAAUUCUGGCUUUUAAGAAAGUGCUCAGGAUUAUAUUUUGGAUGAAGAAAAGAUGCUGAAGAGGUUUGGAGCGGUACCAUUAGCCCACAUCUUUUCAAAGUGUGCUUAAAGCUUCAAGCAAAAAGAGGGAAGAUGUAAUCUUUGCUGCCUUUCAGCUUCUGGCAUGAGAAGUUACACAAGUGCUGCUGACUUACAUCACUUCAGGCUUUGUAGGAGUCAGUGUAAAUCAAGCCCUUGAACUCUCCAAAGACUAAACAUAAAACAAUCAUGUAGUUUUAUAGGAAUAAGAAAACAAAUUAAAAAUGAAUAGCACAAUGAUAAAGUAUGUAUUUUUAUUGUUUUUACCUGCUGUAUGAACCAGGAGAACAGGAAUAUGGAUCCAGAGUUUCCUGUAGCAUAAUUUUUCAAACUAGAAGGGGGAUAAAAGGAAAGAAGAACAGCUGAGGCUGCCCUCAACCUUCACUGCUUCAACCAGACCCUCCUUAAUACCCAGACACUUAGCUACAAAGGAGCAGGAACAGCAAAAGGACUUGAGCACACAUGAACAUCUUGGCCUGAGCAUACCUGAUGCCCUUGUGAUACUGAUUGUCCAGCAAAGAGAAGUCUCACCAGCUUAUUGGACAGGAAGGACUGGGAGAACACCAACAUCCAGGAUUCUACCAAGGUCGUGAUGCAAGAAGGAUCCACAGAAGAGCUCCACAGCAGCCCACCAUGUGAAGGCAAACUAAAAGAGCACGCUGGACCACUGGUGAACAGAAACAGGAAGACAUUGGUGACAGGAGGUGGAGGCUACCUGGGAUACAAUCUGGGAUGUGCUCUUGUUAGGUCAGGAAUUGCUGUUGUUUUGUUUGACAUACGGAAACCUAAAUGGGAAAUUCCAAGUGGAGCAGAGUUUUUUGAGGGUGAUGUGAGGGAUUACAAAGCAGUGUUCAAAGCAUGUGAAGGGGUUGACUGUGUUUUCCAUGUGGCUGCAUGUGGCAUGUCAGGAUUAGAACAACUUCAAAAGAAAGAUCAGAUUGAAUCCAUAAACGUUGGAGGCACAAAAAUAAUAAUUGAUGUCUGCAAACAAAGGAAUAUCCCUAGACUAAUCUAUACCAGUACAGUGAAUGUUGUAUUUGGAGGGAAUCCUAUUGAAGAAGGAGAUGAAGAAACUGUACCAUAUUUUCCACUGGAAAAGCAAUUUAAUCAUUAUUCUAGAACAAAGGCAAUUGCAGACCAAAUGAUUCUUGCUGCUAAUGGAACUUUGCUCAAAGGAGGGGAUAAGCUCCACACUUGUGUGCUUCGUCCACCAGGCAUAUAUGGACCAGAAGAGCAGCGGCACCUGCCACGAGUAGCCGUAAACAUCCAGCGGAGACUGUAUAACUUCAAGUUUGGGAAUCACAAAGUUCAGAUGAACUGGGUCCACAUAGGAAAUCUAGUGCAAGCUCACUUACUAGCUGCUGAGGCUCUCACCUCUGAGAAGCAUUAUGUAGCUAGUGGUCAGGCGUACUACAUACACGAUGGUGAGAACGUCAUCUUCUCGGAGUGGAUAGUCCCUCUGUUUGAAAAAUUAGGCUACAGGAAACCCUGGAUCCAUAUUCCUGUUCUCCUGGUUCAUAUAGCAGCUGCUGUGAUGGAGUAUCUGCACCUGAUACUAAAGCCAUUUUUUAGCUUUACCCCUUUCUUGACAAGGAAUGAGGUGUGGAAUGUUACUGUAACUCACACUUUCCGAAUAGACAAGGCAAGAAAACAGCUUGGUUACAAUCCAAAGAAAUUCUCAUUUGCUGAUUCUGUGGAUCAUUACCUGAAAACAAGACCUGCUUGCCAAGAAGAUCACACACUCCUUAAAGGGAUCUUUGCUUUUGGCAUUUUGUUGAGUUUGAUCAUUCUUUCUUUCUUCUAAAACAACUACCCACCUGUUUCAGAAAACUGGCUUUUGUUUUGGAGUAUUAAUGAUCUGGUCAUAGUACAUUCCUCAAAAGUAUGGAUGUUUUCUUCAUGAUGAUGAUGCUAAUGAUGGCAUCUUUCUGGAGACUGAAAAUACAGGACACAUCAGGAACUAUUUGCAAAGGACAAUGCAG